AUGGAUUCUCAAAAAAAUCCUAACUACGUUAAUCAUCUUUUAAAAAAUAAACGGCAUGAUAAAGUUAACUUUUCUUUUGACAUUUCUGAUCAUAAAAAUUCACGACAUGUUGAUAAUAAUUCAAAAUUCUUAGAAAAGUCAAUAUUUUUAAGUGAUCCUGUACUAUCAGAGAGACAUUUUUCAAAUGAUUAUUGCCGUGAAAAAUUGCCUAUUACUGUUUCCGACAAUUGUGCACUAAACAAUAUAUCUAAAAAAUAUAAUAACAAAAUAACAAAUAAUUGUGAGGUGAAGAAUGUCAAACGAGUACCUGCUAUCCUACGUCGAUGUGUCGACAUUCCUAUUAAUAAGCCUAAUCAUUCUGUACAGAUUAAUGGUGAUGUGGAAGGCUUACAUAAGAAAUGUGAAACUAACCUAUUUAAUGGAAGUAACGGUACCAAAAAGGAAUUAUGUGAAACUAUAUUCCCAAAUUCAUACACAAGUUUUCCUACUCCUAGCAUAGUAAACGCGAUAGUUGAUCAAACGAAAAUAUUAGAGCCUCAAAUUGGAUCGAUGAAAAUAAAAGAUUCACAAGAGUCUCAAAUCGAACAAAUUAAUGCAAAUAUGCAUCCAAAGGAAUAUAAUGAAAGAAAUGAAUUUCAUCGAUACCGUAAUUUUUUGUAUCCGCGACCUUUUGAAGUUUCAUGUAAUACAAAUACUGAAAAAUUGCUUCAACAAGAACAAAUCUCACCAGAUAUAAGAAAAUCUUUUUAUCGUUCAAAUAAUUAUCACCCGAUUAAUCAUCUUCAAAGCGUAAGUUUAUCUAAUUCCAAUGUAGAGUCAACAAAACAGUUUUCUCAACAAACUAAAUUACAUAUGUGUGAAGCCAAUAAGCAAGAACUUUAUAGAAAAAAUAUUCGUGAUCAAAAUCAAAAUAUACUUUUUAAUAAUGUUAAUGACAGAGCAAUGUUAAACAUCACCCAAGCCGAAAAAAGAUCUGCGGAAUCAUGUCAGGAAAAUCGAUUUGGUAAAACAGACGUAAAGUGUACCAAGAACCAAAUUAAUGAAAAUGCGUGUCAUUGCAACGAACAGUAUAUUUAUUUCGAUUCUGCCAAUUGUCCACGUAAAUAUAAGGAACAAGCGUAUCGUUGUCAUAAAGAAACUGCUCAGCCUGAAAGUUUAUGCGACACAACAAGAGGCUAUAAUAACAGCGUAGAUAAUUGCAUUAAUUUGUCUAAUUCUACGCAAAAUGUACCGUUGUUAACUCUGAGGCAAAACGAUGGUCUAUAUAUGUAUCCGAAAGCGAUCGACAAUCAGCAUCGCGCAGUGUUAUUGCAAAAUGUUACUCAACCUGUAAAAUAUUUAGCUGUCGAAAAUGGUUCGAAUAUUCAAAAAAUUCCUGUGUAUAUAAAUGAUAGAAGUGUUAGGGUUGCGGAAAAUGCCCCGUUGAAAGUAAUAGCUGUAAUGGAUUCAAGUAUCCAAACAAAAACAUUUCCACAAGAAAUUGCGACAAAGGUAGUAUCAUUACAAACAGAUAAUUUGCACUUUAAUAAUUUUGCAACACGUAAGAUAAGCGAUCAAUCUUACGUAAAGCAUUUAGAUUCUGUGAACGCGAUAUUGUUAAAUUCAGAUUCGCAAUCUAAUAUGUGUGUAUACGCUCCGAAUUUGUAAUGUAUACAUGAUUACAAGUACACCGUAGUAUACACCAACAUAAUUGAUCGUAGCGACACAGCACAUCCAUAUUUCUUGCGAGAAAUAUUGUAAUUGCAAGAAAUGUGUGUGCUUUCCCUUCCCAUACAUAUAAACAUUUGUUAUUAAGAUCAAAGUUAUAAGUCUGCCUUGAAAGGCAAAAUUAUGUCUAUUUAUUUUAUAGACUAAAUAUUUUGUGGAAAGAUAGGAACCUCUUGGAAAGAGGUAUGUUUUGCGAAUAAGAGGUAUAUAUAUUUUCAUAAAUGCUUUAUGAUACUUGUUAAUAAUUGAU